UUCUCUCUUACAUCCUCCAGAUGCUCGCUUUCAGAUCCCUAGCUUCGCCAGUGCCAGCCUCAAGAUUUGCAGCCAACUCGUUCACUGCUCUCUAUUCCACCGUCUCCGGGCUUGCGCGUCGAAAUUGGGACGUGUCAGGUCCUGCUCCGACCUCGUUUCUCGAAACCGAAGAGACGGAAGAACGUGUCAGAGAUCUCUCCAAGCUGAGUCGUAGUGCCAGAUUAAGGCGGCAGACCCCUGAAGAACCCACACCACACGAGUUUAAGGCGCAUAGCAAGACCAUGAAAAAACACUUCCCCGAGGGCUGGUCACCUCCGCGGAAGCUAUCGCGAGAAGCCAUGGACGGUCUUCGAUCGCUACACGCGCACGACCCGGAGAUCUUCAGCACGCCAUUGCUUGCAGAGAAAUUCAAAAUAAGUCCUGAAGCUGUGCGGCGUAUUCUUCGCAGCAAGUGGACGCCCAGUCCCGAGCAGAGACAGAAGAUGAUACUACGGGAGAGAAAGGCACGAGAGGAGUGGAUAAUGGCCCAACGCAUGGCAGAGAGGAGGAAACAACUAGAAUUGGAAAGGAAAAUCUCUGUCAAGAGAGCGAAAGACGAACUUUCCUUAUGGUGAUGCACUGCGACAAAAUUAUCGCCGGACACGGCAGAAUAGCUUCUCUAGGAAAAACAUCUUACAGGUAUGUGCCUUGUU